AUGGGUCCAUCACUUCAGACGAAAGAACAGUCAAAACAAUGGACUGAAAGGGAGAAUCAACUUCGAAGAAGAAUUGUAAAUCUUUUUCAGAUUGCCUUUGUUUCUGAUGAGGGAAAAUGCAAAUUUUUCAGUAGAGAUGUGAAUAAUAUGCUACUGAGUGUUGAAUUAAAAUCUAGAGAAUUACCAUGUAGUCAGCGAUCAAUGAUAUAUUCCCAUUUAGCUUCACACUUGCCGUGCACUAAAGAAACUUUAUUGAAACGAGCCAAAAAAUUACGUAUGGAUCAAGAAAUGGAAAAAUUGAGAGAACCCUUAAAUAGGUUAAAAGAAGCUAUAGGAAAAAUUUUACCAGGAAUAUUAGACAAAUAUAUUACUGACUGCAAACUUGUAGAAACUAAAUUAGAGAAUGAGAAAGAGAAGAAAGGUGAGGAAAAUAAUGAAAACGACAAAGAAAAAUCUGCGAAGUUUCCACAGAAAGAAUUUCAGUGGAAUGAUGAAAUUAGAAAAUUGUUGUGUGAUUUGGUAAGAACUAAAGUAAGAUGGUACGAAACAUCUAAAGUUCGUAAUCAGUCUGCUGAAGAAUAUAUUUGGCAGUUCUUAGAAUCAGAAGUAAAGGAACUUUGGCCUGCAGGAUGGAUGAAAACUAAGCAUUUAUAUAAAGAAAGCAAAGAAGCUCAUGGUUAUUUAACGAACAAACCAAAGAAGCCUAUGUUAGUUCAAAGAAAACCAGGAAUUCCCUUAGGGAUCCAAGUUCCUGUUGUUCCUGCGGGUCGUCUGUCUUCAAGUGUUGUUCUCUCUCCAAUUGCAACGGGCCAAGAAUUAGCAGAGGGUAUGUCAAACAUGAAGGUUCCUACUACAUCAGGUGAUGAUGGAGAGAGUUUGGGUACAUUGAUUGCAGUAACAACUGCAAACAGUGCCUUAUCUGAAGAACAGAAACCCCAUAUUCUACCAGAAGUUUCUUCUGUGCUACCUUCACGUGCUAUCAGUGUAGUGACAAGUUCUGUUCCAUUGCAGCAAAGUGAUAAAGAAGCUCCUUCAUCAACUGUUAGUGCCAAAUCCAAUGUUUCAUCUGAAAUAAAGAAUACUGGUCAUACUGUUCAGGAGAAUAAAUCUAGCAUAUCUUUAAGUCAGAUAGGUUCUCCUAGUAAACGAAUCUUCACUUUAAUUAAUUCGGGCGAUGCUGCCCAAUUACAAGCUCAACAAGCUUCGCAGCAAACUUCACUAGCUUCACAAAUGUUAGAUCGUAUUAUUUGUGCUAGCUUAGCAAAUUUUCCAAAUUCGGGUUCUUCUACUACUGAACCCGGACGAUACAAACCACUGAGCAUAGGUAGAGACCUGAAUGCUACAGAACAAAAUGUUCGUCCAUCACCUAAGAGUGCUUUAGAAGUAUCACAACCUAAAUUGGAUUGUGUGUCAGUAAAACCUCCAUCCCCUGCCAAAGUAGAUACUCAGGUUGGCAGCCCAAGUACUUUAAUUCGAUCACCUUCUAUUGGUGUUAGCAUUUUAAAAUCAUCUUAUCAAUCUCCCACUGAACAGAGGCAAAUUCAUGGGAGAACAACCUCACUGCCAGAACAAACUAAAGGAUUAACAACAACACUAGUUGGCAAUACUAGUGUAUCUUCUAGGAAAUUCCAAUCAAUACCUGUUACAACUUCUGCAAAUACUGUUAAUACUAGAAAAACUGAGGAACUGAAAAUGCCAUUUCAUUCUUAUGAAUUUUUAGAAGCAUUCAAACGUACACUUGAAAGUUCUCCUGAGCCUUUACAACCUAGAAGUGAAUCUUCUACUGUGCUUUCUAGUUCUAAAGUAAAAACUGCUUUGUCAGAGAAUACUAGAGAACUUUGUGAUGAACCAAUGAACUUCAAGAAAUUACAAAGUUCUGUAGAUAGUGUUUCUUCCCUGAUACCUCAGGAUUUUUCUUCCAAACAAGAUAAUCCAACAGUAGUGCAUUUGUCAGGUACCUAUAAGCGUUCUAAUCCACAGGUACGAAGUAUGCAAUUGACUAAUUCUCUUAGAGUUCAGCGAUCCUCUCCAGAAACUGUUUCUACUCCAGUAUCAUUUCCAGAAGGAAUGAAAGGUUUUCCUCUUCCCAUAAAAUCACAAAGUACAAAUCCUUCUUGUAUAAGCUCAUUAUCAACAACUAAUCCCACGCAUGGAUUAGUCAGUCGAACGUCACCGGCACAAGCUCACGAACCUGGAUUUACCAGUCCCCACAGGCAUAAUUCACCAUCUCCUCAUCGUUCUGUAAGUGCUCAUAGUCCCAGUCAUGGACAUCCAUCAUCCGCUGGAAACAGUGCAAGUCAUAAUCCAUACCAAUCAACACCUCUUUCACAUUAUCCUCCAGUAGAAACUACUCAUAAUCGUACAAUGCUUCAAAACCAGUGGAGAGCAAACAGUCCUUCUACCACCACAAAUUAUUCAUCCCAAUAUUCAACAUCCUGUCCUUCGCCAAAUACUUCAUCCCCUACCUCACAGACAUAUCAGAACCCCUCUCAGAAUCCAGUGGGACAUCAUCAUCACAACGCCAUGAGGGCCCAGGGUGGCUCCACUCCGCAGGUCGGCAGUUAUGGUCAGACAGUGCAUAACAUUUCUCAGCAGUUGACACCCGCUCACAAUGUGUCUCAUAAGACUGUAGAUUCCCAUAAUUAUUCUCAGCAGUCGUCUAUCAUACCCAACCGUCACACCAUGAACUCCGUUUGGCAACAGAAUCCCAGUCGAACUCCUUCAAAUAACCAAUCGUUUCCUAACAGUGCCAUUGUGGGACCACAGGGAAGUGAAUAUCCUGGUCAAAGCGUAUUGGGACACCAUGCCGAAAACAGUUUCACCACAGUCCCUCAACAACUCUUAACACCCUUCCACAGUUUUCCGCUCUCCUCUCACUCAGGGUCAACGCAGCAGACGUCGCAUCACAGGAUUCCCUGACAAAGGCAUCCGUUAGGCAAACCCGAAAAUGUACAGAAGCGGUGACUCUUUAUAGAAUUUAAGUUUAAAGAAUCUCCACCGAGUUAAAAAAAAAUUGUAAUAAAGCAGCUAAAUAUCUCAGGA